AUGGUGAAAGAAACCAAGUAUUACGACGUUCUUGGUGUUGCUCCAUCUGCUUCAGAUAAUGAACUUAAAAAAGCUUAUCGGAAAUUGGCGUUAAAAUAUCAUCCUGACAAAAAUCCAAAUGAAGGCGAACGCUUUAAAGCUAUUUCUCAGGCUUAUGAAGUAUUAUCAGAUCCAAAGAAACGAGAGUUAUAUGAUCAAGCUGGUGAAGAAGGCUUGAGUGGCGCUGGAAGUGGUGGUAAUUUCCACAAUCCUAUGGAUAUAUUUGAUAUGUUCUUUGGAGGGCAUUUCCAAAGUGGGGGACGUGCAGAACGUAAAGUUCGUGAUGCUAUUCAUCAGUUACCUGUUAGAUUAGAACAAUUUUAUAAUGGAGCAGUAAAAAAACUAAAGCUGAGUCGUAAUAUCGUGUGUCCUGAAUGUAAUGGAAUAGGCGGAAUAAAGGAAAGUCAGUCUUCGUGCUCAGAAUGUGAAGGAAGGGGAAUUAAAGUACGAGUAACACGCAUGGGUCCCAUAAUGCACAAAACUCAGACAACAUGUAAUGUUUGCAAUGGUGAAGGCCAGACUAUUCCUGAAAAAGAUCGUUGUAAAAAUUGUUUAGGACGAAAAAAGAUCAAAUCUGAAAGUGUUCUGGAAGUUCAUAUAGAUAAAGGCAUGAGGGAUGGUCAAAAAAUUGUUUUCAGUGGUCAAGGAGACCAAGAGGUUGGAAUUACGCCGGGUGAUGUAAUAAUAGUGCUUGAUGAGCAACCGCAUGAAAAGUUUGUAAGAAAAGGAAGUAAUCUUGUGGUGCACAUGGAGUUAGACUUGGUUGAAGCCCUAUGCGGCUGUGCCAAAUCUAUUGAAACCCUUGAUAAUAGACAUUUAGUUUUUCAUCUUCUUCCAGGUGAAGUAAUUCGGCAUGAAGAUGUAAAAACGAUUAUCGGUGAAGGCAUGCCACAUUAUAAAAAUCCAUUUGAGAAAGGAGAUUUACUAGUACGGUUCAAAGUUACAUUCCCAAAAUCUAUUUCACCAUCAUCCAUCGAGCAGUUGAGAAUGUUGUUGCCGAAUCCUAGUGAACCAAUAAUUUCGGAUGAUGAAGUGUACACAUUAGAGCCACUCGGUGAACGUAAUAGACGGUCAGAAAACUCCAUGCAUGAAGAUCAUGAACCGCAAGGUGUUCGUUGCCAAGCUCAGUGA